GGCUCCCUACAGCAGGCUGCACAGGGAGGCAUCCAGGUACCUACUAUUGUGGACUACAAAGAAGUGCUGUCAAACAUAGUCUCACUGGAGAGAAGAACUCUUCACCUUUACAGCUUCAUUUGUGAGCUGUCUCUCCUAAACACGAGCCUUUUCGGGUACUCCCCAGCUCGGCUGGCUGCUGCAGCACUGCUGCUGGCUAAGAUCCUGCAUGGCCACGCACAUCCCUGGACCAGCCAGCUGUCUGAGUGCACUGGGUUCUCUCUUGAAGACCUGUUGCCGUGUGUGCUGCGCCUUCACCAAAAAUGGAGGAGGGAAGACAGCGCUCAGGAUGACAGGGGCAGCCUGGUGACUACACCUACAGCUGAGCUAUCCACCCAGGAAGAAAGUCUUCUGGACAGCUUCCUGGACUGGAGUUUAGAUUCCUGCUCUGGUUAUGAAGGUGAUCAGGAAAGCGAAGGCGAGAGAGAUGGAGAUGUCACCAGUCCCAGUGGAAUCCUGGAUGUGACAGUGGUGUACGUGGAUCCAGCAGAGCACUGCUGUCAGGACUCCAGUGAUGAGGACAGCCUCUCUGUCGAGUGUCCUGGGCACGCAGCACCGCCGAGGAAGGCCAGGACUCCAGAUGAAACUCACAGAGUUUUUUCAGCGUGUGUUGCCUCAAGAAAUCCCAGCUGUGAAGGGAGCUCAGGCUACUCUUCUGUCAGUGGUGCCAGUCCUAAAACUCCACAGCUGCCUUUUACAGAAGCACCUCUCAAACCCACCUCAGCACUGUCUGUCCAUCACAUUAGACUAAGCAACAGCUGCAGAGCCAUUCAGCACAGGGGUUCCAUGUCACUGUUGAGGUGCUGCUGAAAGAAGAGUCUCAUUUCUAGAAGCCAAAGCUUCUUUGGUGGAUGAUCAGUUGUCUGCAAAAGUUUCCAGAAUGGGAAGGAAGGGUGUAGGUGAGGAGCUCCUCAGAUGUGUGCUUUCCAGACGUCAGUCAGUCAGCAACUGGUGUUCUGCUGUCAGGGUCCCUGUAUUGAUAGCAGUCAGCAUGGAGAUGGCUCGUGACAUUGUAAGGCCAUGGUGAUGUGACCCUAAAAAUGUCCUGUGGUGACCAAAACAUGGCUGUGUUGGGCAAAGGGAGACUAUGACCUGAGAGUUGCCCUACUUGUCAGCACAGGGAUUCUGUGGGGCUCCAUCUUCGGUCUGGUUUUCUUUACUGUUGAUUCUAAUAAAGAUCUGGAAGUUGUAUGAA